GGUCUCAUAAUGGUAGGGGUCUUGGUGGAUCAAUGGGAGAGGCCUGAGGCCUGAAGGCAGUGGGGCGUGGCUCUGGAGGCGCCAGCAGCCAUCGGGGUCGGACCAAUCAGAGCGAGGAGGCGGGAGCCGCCUAGCCAAUCAGUGUGCAGAGCAGGAGGAGGACGGGGGCAGCGGAGUCUCGCGCUGCCGCGGGCUGCCAGGAACUGAUGUCUGAGGUUGCCCGGCGUGCGAAGGUGGCGGAGGCGGGAAAGGCGGCAGAGCUGCUAAAGAGGAGCUAGAGCGCGGAGGAGGCAUGGUGAUGGCGGCUAAGAAAGGCCCGGGCCCGGGUGGCGGGGUCGGAGGGAGCAAAGCGGAGGCCGAAGCGGCCUCGGAGGUGUGGUGCCGCCGAGUGCGCGAGCUGGGCGGCUGCAGCCAGGCCGGGAACCGCCACUGCUUCGAGUGCGCCCAGCGUGGGGUCACCUACGUGGACAUCACCGUGGGCAGCUUUGUCUGCACCACCUGCUCGGGCCUCUUGAGAGGCCUGAACCCCCCUCAUCGAGUCAAGUCCAUCUCCAUGACAACUUUCACCGAGCCUGAAGUCCUAUUCCUGCAAUCUCGUGGAAAUGAGGUCUGCCGGAAGAUCUGGCUGGGUCUUUUUGAUGCACGGACAUCUUUAAUACCAGAUUCCAGGGACCCUCAGAAAGUGAAGGAGUUUCUCCAGGAAAAAUACGAGAAGAAGAGAUGGUAUGUCCCCCCAGAGCAAGUCAAAGGGCCUUCUUAUACCAAAGGCAGUGCCUCCACCCUUGUGCCAGGCUCCAUCCCAGAAGGGAAGCCCCUGCGUACACUUCUGGGGGAUGCCGUGCCGUCUCUCUCGGACGUUGCUUCCACAUCAAGCCAGUCUGCCAGCCAGUCUCAGGCUCGAACGGCCCGGAGCGCUCAGCCUCUUUCCAAUUCAUCCACCAAGAAAGCCAGCACUGACCUGCUGGCUGAUAUCGGUGGAGACCCCUUUGCUGCUCCUCAGGUGGUGCCAGCCUUCGCCACAUUCCCAGCCUUUGGAGGCCAGACUCCUGCCCAUGGGGGCUUUGCCAACUUUGAUGCCUUCAGCAGCAGCCCUGGCUCUUCAGCCUUCGGAAGCCUUCCUCCAGCAGGUCAAACCCCAUUCCAGGCCCAGCCAACUCCCACAGCCAGUCGGAUGCUAACCGGGAGUUACAGCUUUGGGAGCAGCCUGGCAUCUCCGUUUGGUGCCGUUCCUCUUGCAACCACCAGUCAGCCCAACAGUCUAGCAGAUGUGGGUGGCCUCCUGGGACCUGGGGUGGCAGCUGGAGGUCUCCCUGGCAGUGUCUUUGGGAUGCCCAGUCAAGUUUCCCCGCUGCAGUCGGUCUCAACAGGUGUCAGUGGCAACACAGGGCUCCCCUUUGGAGCUUUCACCAACCCAUUCGCCACCCCUGCCCAGCCCCAGCUGCCUUCCACCAACCCAUUCCAACCCAAUGGCCUGGCCCCAGGGCCUGGUUUUGGGAUAAGCAGUUCUGGGCCUGGCUUCCCCCAGCCAGUGCCACCCACCGGGGCCUUUGCCAGCACCUUUCCUGCACCAAUGUUCCCCACACAGGCUGUGCUGACUCAGCAAAAGAAUGGCUCUAACUUUGGGGAUUUGGGAUCUUCCAAGCUGGGGCAGAGACCACUGAGCCAGCCAGCUGGGAUCUCCACCAACCCUUUCAUGACUGGACCCUCACCGUUUGCCUCCAAACCACCAACUACCAACCCAUUCUUGUAGCACUGUGCCCCUGGGGAGAGAGGAGCCUCUUCCCCUACUUUCUGGGGACUCCCUCUGCCCCCUUUAGAGCUCUGAUGACCAUUUGCCUGUGGGGCACUUCUGUGGGUCUGAAUUGGGCCUGGUUUGCAGAGCCAGAGGCCUGGGAACAGCAGGGGUACUAACACUCUACUUGGCGCCUGCAGAUGAAUCAGAGAGCAGACUCCUGGUCGGUGGCCUAGAGGCUUCCUCCCUCCUCUCCUGACCCCUACCUGGGAGGAGGCCCUGAAGGAACAAAGGUGCCCUGACCUGGAGUUGCCGCAGUAGUGUAUUUCUGUCAAAUGAUUAAGUAUGAAGACAGCCCUCGUAUCCUGCUCUCCAUGUAUGUAUACACAUGGCGCUCCUGCCCCUCCAGGCCUGUGGAUAAGAGAAGUUGUAGGCACAGCCCCAGCAGCCAGCCUUCCCACGGGAGCAAGUCUUCUCCAUGCCAGACUUUCCAGAUAGAACAUAGCAGGGAAAGUAGGGUAAAGAUGAGGUGUGGUGUUGACAACCACCAAACAGCCCUGGGGCCGAAAAGCUCCUGAUGUCCAAAAUCUUUUUUUCCCCAACUCUGCCACACCCACCUUUCUGCACCUCAAUUUUGCUUCCCUGGCUGCCCCCCAAAUCCUGGCACUCAGGAUGCAUAGUUUUACCUACAGAGUUACAUGUGCCCAGUUCCUGUCAAGCACUUUAGUUAGUUGUUGGUGUCAUGUUUGGAUACCAGUGUUUUAUAUUUAUACAUAGAGAAUUUUCUAAUAUAGCAUAUUACAUAUACAUAUAUAUAUAUAUAUGCACAUUCAUAAAUAUAUCCACAGAUACAUACAACCCAGCCAUCCUUCAUCUUCCACACAACCCUUUUAACACAGGGAAUGGAGCUGGACCUACUGGUGCAGGCCUCUAAUCCCAGCACUUGGGAGGCUGAGGCAGGAGGAUCACAAGUUCAAGCUUAGCCUGGACUACAGAGUAAGAGCAAGGCCAGCCUGGACAACUUAGUGAGACCCUGUCUCAAA